GAUUCGUUUUUCCUUCAGAUUCAGAGCGAUGGCGGCGAGCAAUAGUGUGGCGUACAGUUUGUUAGGGGAUCUGCGAGUGUCCGUGCUAGAGCGUUAACUCGCUCUUAACCACAAAUUCGCAGAUCCGACUUGGACACGAAGGCGAACAGUCGAACACGAGGGAACUGCAAUUUUACGUUUUGUUAUAAAACUCAUUGCUAUCUAAGAGGGACGAACGAAAUAUAACCUAAAAUCUAUUUCUUGAGAUUUUUUUAAAAGGGGGAACGAAAGAGAAAGAAAAACGAACGAACAUAAAAAAUACGAUCAUUCGACGGUAAUAAAGUUAAAGAUGAAUUUCUCUCAUGCAGCUCAUAUGUCUCAUGAAAAUAUGGAUCAUGGGAGUAUGAACCAUGCUGGCAUGGAUCAUGUAAAUAUGGACCAUGCAAAUAUGAACCAUGCAAAUAUGGACCAUGCAAAUAUGAAUCAUGCUGGUAUGGAUCAUGCUGGUAUGGAUCAUAUGGCUAGGGGUAAUGUGCAGAGCUCAGCAGCUGCUACGAGUGGUUGCAGUAAUAUGGGAAUGCAUGGUAUGUCGAUGGCUUUUCAUGGCGGCUACUGCGAGACUGUACUAUUUGAAUCUUGGAAAAUAACGUCGAUCGGUGGUCUCGUUGGUUCCAUGAUUGGUAUAAUAAUUAUGGCUACUCUUUAUGAGGGUUUGAAGUAUUACCGGGAAUAUCUUUUCUGGAAAACGUAUAGUUCCUUACAAUAUAGAAGCGUUACGAUGCCUCAAGAGAAAAAUGUUGUUGCUGAAGAUAAUAGAGUUGUCCAUAUGGUCGGUGAGGUAAUCCAUAAACGGCCGCCCACAAUGCUGUCAUGGAUGCAUUGUUUCCAAACGUUCCUGCAUAUCAUACAAGUCAUCCUUUCUUACUUUUUAAUGCUGAUCUUCAUGACAUUCAACACCUGGCUCUGUUUCGCAGUAGUAUUGGGUGCUACCCUUGGUUACUUCCUUUUUGGAUGGAAGAAAUCUGUAAUUGUGGAUGUUACAGAACAUUGUCAUUAAUAAUUGAUAUAGUGGCAUAAUCCAGUUUUUCUAAUGCUCCAUUGUAUAUAUUAUUAUGUUGUAUGAUGAUUCUUUUUGCAAAUAAGGAAAUAUCCAAAAUCAAAUACAACAUGAGAUAGAAGUGUAUGAGAUGUACAUGGAAACAACUUAGUACAUUUUGUGGUUCUAUGCAAGAAGUCUUUCAUGAGUAUUGAAAGUAAAUUGUUGAUUUUCAACUAAAAGAUUUUUACAGCUAUAAAUAUUAUAUAUAUAUAGAAUCACAAAUAAACUAUGAUUGUACAAUUAUCUUACUUAAUUGUAUCCUAUUGAAUACAGAUAUGCACAUUUGCUGUUAUGCUGAAACCGAAUGGGACUUAUUUUUAAAAAUAGAAUUAGAAAUGUAUUGCAAUGUGAUUAAUUAUGAUAAUUUUGCAAAAAGAAAACAGGGAGCUAGAAUCUUAAUAUUUCUAUGUAAGAUACAUAAAUACAUUUACAUAUAUAUAUAUAUAUAUAAUAUAUAUAAUUAUAUGAUAAUAUAUAAAAUAUAAUAUUAUAUAUAUAUUUAUAUUAUUGUAAAUAUUAAAAACAUUUAAAUAAGAAACGCGUGUAUCGUGUGAGAUGCAUAUCUUUUUUUCAAUCACAUUCCUCAUUUUAUUAUUACUUUAAUAAUUAUAAUUUGCUAAAGAGAGACUUGUAAAGACUAUUUGUUACAUUAAUAUUUGAAAAAGAAUAUAAGUAUGUAUUGAAGAUACAUGUAUAAAAUAACUUAUAUUGCAGUUUUGUGAAUUGAGCUAUUACUUUAAAUUAAUUAAUUAAAUAAUUAAGAUGAUUUGUAAAGCAUACGAAGGAAAUUUCGUAAAAAAUAUUACAAUAAAAGACAUCUAUACUUCAUAUAUUUU